GCGUGAGGCUCUCGGAGCAGCUGAAGACUCCCUGGCAGUGAGAAACUGAAAUUGGGACAUAGCACGGUGAGGACACCCAGGAAGGAGGGAGCAGGGUCGUCCUGAGAGAUAGACUUGUGGGAACAGCACACUGAAACUGCCAGGUUUCAAUCUCGACCCACAAAGCUCAUUUCUGUCCUUUAGACAAGGACAUGGAGCCCUGGGGUUUAUUAAAGUACUGAGGGGAGGCUGGAGGGGAAAGGGGAAGCUGAGGGUGUUCUGGUUCGUGGUGUUUUUUGUUGUUUUUUUUUUUUUUUUAAAUCAGAUGAGAGGGAAUAUUUCAGUUUAAUCAAGAAGGGGUUUAAUCCUUUCUGAAAGCUGGGAAAGCAGAAGUCUGAAUAUAGCCCGGAGAGCAAGCAGCAAAAAGCCACUCCUUGCUGUUCUGUCUUUGCACCCACAGCUGUGCCAGCACAUCACCCAUCUCCCCCUGGCCCUGUGAGCUCAACCUGCCCGACGUGCUGUGGGACACAUCUCUGCAGAACCCCACCAUCCAGCCAUGCUGCACUUCCUCUGGGACAGCAUCUCCCUCCAGACAUUCCUCAUCUUUCUCUUCGUCUUCCUGCUCAUCGCAGACUACAUGAAGAACAGAAAUCCAAAGAAUUUCCCUCCCACCCCCUUCCGCCUUCCCUUUCUGGGGCACAUCUAUCUCCUAGACUUCAAAGAUCCUGCAGUCACAGCGAGGAAGCUAAGUGAAAGAUACGGUGACAUCUUUGGCAUGCACAUGGGCAGCAUGAAGUUUGUGAUGGUAAAUGGGAUGCGGCUGGUGAGGGAAGUGCUCGUAAACCAAGGGGACAAGUUCAUGGACCGCCCUGACAUUCCCCUGGACAAGGAGGUUUUCAGCAAGAUCGGACUGAUCUCCUCCACCGGGCACCUGUGGAAGGCACAGAGGAGGUUCACCCUGACCACGCUCCGGAACUUUGGCCUGGGGAAGAGGAGCCUGGAGGAGCGCAUCCAGGAGGAGUGCCGGUACCUCGGGGACGCGUUCAGGGAUGAACAGGGGAAUCCUUUCAACCCUCAGUUUCAAGUGACUAAUGCUGUUUCAAAUAUCAUCUGCUCCCUCAUCUUUGGCAAUCGGUUUGAAUACCACGAUGAGGAUUUCCAAAGACUGCUGAAGCUGAUGUAUGAAAUGACUGUGCUCCAUGGAGCCAUCACAAGUCAGCUGUACAAUAGUUUCCCAUCUAUAAUGAAGUACUUACCUGGAGCCCACCAAACCAUUUUUAAAAAUUGGAGGUUAUUGAAAAAUGUUAUGCAAGAGCAGAUCAACAAACACAAGGAGGACUGGAACGCCUCAGAGAGCCGGGACUACAUCGACAGCUACCUGCUGGAGAUCUCCAAGGACCAUGACAGUGACACCUUCCGGGAGGAACACCUCAUGGCCUGCACGCUCGACCUGAUGUUUGCUGGGACUGAGACCACAUCUUCAACCCUCCGCUGGGCUUUGCUGUUUAUGGCUACACAUCCAGAAAUUCAAGCCCGGGUGCAAGCUGAGAUCGAUGCAGUCAUCGGCCAGGCACGGCCACCAGCCCUGGAGGACAGGAACAACCUGCACUACACCAAUGCUGUCAUCCAUGAAGUACAGAGGAAAGGCAAUGUUAUCCCUUUCAAUGUGCCAAGAAUGGCAUCGGAGGACGCCUACGUGGAUGGCUACUACAUCCCAAAGGGUACUGUUAUAAUGGCAAAUUUAACCUCUCUGCUAUUUGACAAGAACGAAUGGAAAACCCCUGAGACUUUUAACCCUGAGCAUUUUCUGAAGGAUGGGAAGUUCUGGAAAAAUGAUAAUUUUAUACCAUUUUCUAUGGGGAAGCGUUCCUGCCUGGGUGAGCUGCUGGCCCGUGCUGAGCUCUUCCUCUUCUUCACCUCCCUGCUCCAGAAAUUCACCUUCCAGGCACCCCCGGACACCACGCUCAGCCUCCAGCCUGUGGUAGGCAUUGCAAUGGCCCCACAGCCCUACAAGAUCUGUGCUGUGCCUCGGUAG